CAUAUCGUGCCUAUGGAAUAGGUGUAGGCGUGCACGAGUGUGCGUGCGUGUUCUGGCUCGUGUCCUACCGUUUCGAACCUCAAAAAUUGCUGGUUCUCGCCGGAAGAGUUAUUGGAGAGUUUUUCGCGGGUGAAAAGAUUCUGCCAACAGUAGCGGUAACAUUAUCGAGGAGAACGAUGAUGAACGAUCACGGUGUAUGCCUGGUACUUAUUCUGUCGGUCAAUCUGUUGAUUCUAUUGGGCCACGUAGCCGGUACUAAAGUGCUGCAAAUUCGUGGCAUACCUAACACGGAAAGUUCGUUGUACUCGCCGGACCGCGACUUCCAGUGCCUCGACGGGAGCCUGUUGAUACCGUUUACGCGCGUAAACGAUAAUUAUUGCGAUUGUGCCGACGGCAGCGACGAGCCCGGUACGCCCGCUUGCAGCAAUGGCUCAUUUUACUGCGAAAACACCGGUCACAAGUCCCAUUAUAUACCCACCACCUGGAUAAACGAUGGCGUAUGCGACUGUUGCGACGGCAGCGACGAGUAUCGUUCGAACAAGGAGUGUCCAAAUAAUUGCAACGAGCUCGGCAGAGAAGCCAGAAUAAAACAGCAGAAAGCGGAUGAUCUGGUCAGAGAAGGUAACAAAAUAAAGGCAGAGUUGAUCGCCAAGGGCAAACAACUGAAGAACGACUAUCAGAGUCGCCUGGUGGCGCUCAGAGCCGAUUACGAAGAAGCAGAGCUCGUGAAGAAGGAGAAGGAACUGUUAAAGACUCAAGCGGAGGAACGAGAAACAGCUGCUCUGGAGAAGUACAAACCAGCCGAACCAGAGCAACCUGCUGUGGAAGAAGGAGAGGAGGAGGAAGAAUUGCAAGAAUCGGAAGCAGAAGACUAUUUUAAACUUUUGGAUUCUGAUAAUAGCAAUACCGUAACGAUCAUGGAACUCAGAACCAGGGUAACGUUCGACAAAGACAAGGAUGGAGUUGUGACAGAGGAAGAGGCACUGUAUUUCUUGAACAACCAGAAGGAAGUUAAUCUCAGAGAGUUUAUCGACACUGUCUGGGCAAACAUCAAACCUUUCUUAAUGUUGGAGCAAGGUAUGUUCAAACGGGGUGAAUCUAACGAGGACUUAGAAGAGGCACACGAACCCGCGGAAGAGCUAGCGGAGCACGAUAAAGAGGAAGACGAGGGUGGCGAGCGAGAGGAGGCAACGGGCGAGGAGGAGGGAAAAGUCGAGGAACCUGUCGUUCAGUACGACGAAGAGACCCAAGCCCUGGUCGACGAAGCCACGAGCGCUCGAGAGAAUUUCCAGGCGGCGGAGAGAUCCGUGAACGAUUUGCUAUUAGAGAUUAGGAAGCUCGAAGAGAAAUUGGAUCGCGACUACGGCCCCGAUCAGGAAUUCGCGCUUCUGGACGGGGAAUGCUUCGAUUACACGGACUUGGAGUACGUCUACACGCUGUGCAUGUUCGAUAAAACGACGCAGAGAUCCAAGUCCGGUGGCAACGACAUCACCUUGGGCCAUUGGUACGACUGGGCCGGUCCUAAGGACCAAAAGUACUCCAAGAUGAAGUACCAAAGGGGGCUCACCUGUUGGAACGGCCCGGCGCGUUCCACGGUCAUUGAUCUAAGUUGUGGCAAAGAAAACAAACUGAUCUCGGUGACCGAGCCCAGCCGAUGCGAGUACAGCAUGGAAUUCUCUACACCAGCUCUGUGCAAUCUUAGCACGGAGUCCGUUGAUGCACACGACGAAUUGUAAAUCUCGUCACGCGAGACACACGAGACAGUGUAUGAUAUCAAAAGAUAAACCGUAAAUGUUGCAAGGAUCAAUAACGGCAGCCGUACAUUCAUCCAACGUCAGGGCUUGUUUCCACUUAUUCGUUUGUAAUGAACAAGAUACUUAAGAGAAGUCGAAGAUUCCAGUUCGUUUCACGUUGCCAGAGUUUCGUCAAAUUUGUUCAAUAUAAUCCCGGUGAUCGCAUUAUAUUUGCAGACUAUCGGUGUAAUUUCUAUAUCUUGUUCAUUUCAAGCUUUCUAAUACUUUCCGCGUGCCACUGCUGCACCUCGUUCGAUCGUAACGCAAUGCACGACAAAGAAAUUUCACACGGUAGACAUUUAAUUCUUAAGAUAAAAUUGUAAGAUUUCGCGAGCGCUUAACACACGUUACGGUUAAUUUAAGGAGUUGUAUGGUCGAGAUUAACGUCAUGUUUGUUUUACCGUCGACGAUAAGCACAACCGAUAAAGCCUCGGCGAGAGCCUGGCCCAUACCUUGCGCGUUACAUAAAGACAGAGUUUCCAUCGGACGACGUACUGCGAUCGGUUAUUCGUCCUUGGAGUAAACAAGCAAAUGGAAUUCGCCGCUGAUAACACGUUGGCAACAGUUAGCGACGAACUCGUCGUUUGCUUCGAAACAGUAGGGAAGAUCGUUGAAAGACAAUUUAAUAUCCGUGAUACGUGCAUUAAAAAUCGUUGUUACGCCGUCAUUGCCGAUAUUGGUGUCACCGUUAUAUACAUUCCUGAUCUUUUUGUACCAAGCAAAUUUUUAUGAAGCAAUCUCGAACGACACGAUCGAUCUACGUGAUCCUACGCGUGUUGAUAGAAAUCCUGUUGAAGGAAGCAUUUCUUUUUUUCGAAUAUUUAAAUACCGUCUGCGUGCGCGCACAUAUGUGUAUGUGUGUGUAACGUAGAAGACGUUUGUAUUAAUACUGUCGAUCAUCAAUCAGCGAAGGUUAUUUUGUAACUGUUUAAAGAUGCGCCGGGUGUACUGGUGUGUUGGUAUGCGGGUUCAAUAAAGAGAAAGAAAAAUCUGUUGUCGAACUGUAA